CCUCCACAUCGGAUCCUUCACAUUCUAGACGUCCACUCGUUUUUUUUCUCCUUUAUAAUUUACUCGCUCUUUGCGGACAAUCUCCAGGGUCAAAGAGAUACCAUGUACGGCGCACUCAAGAUGACGGCGAUCGAUCCUGUGCUUGCAUUACCCUCAACGACUUCUGUCUCCAAGAUCGCCGAAAGAGAAAGUCACAUUGCGACGCCGCCUAAGACCAACAGUCGCAUCGGCCUCCUCACCUGCGAUCAGUACAAGAACGACGUCGAAGCGCGCUUUCUGGCUCCGCUCUCUGCCGCCCAACGCAGCAAGGCCCUGAUCUCUCGCGCGAACUACGACACUAUUGUCGCCGCUCUGGACUCUACGGAUCCUGCUGUCAUCGCCUCGCUGCGCACCUCCGAGAUUCCGGACGAACGUGCGCACUACAUCCGCUGGGCUGCCAACACCUUCACGCUCGCCUAUGGUCCUGCCGGUCUACGCCUCCUCGAAAACGACCGCCCAGUCGCCGUGCAAGACGAACUCUACGACAUCCUCUGCGCUGCGCACGCCGCCGUCGACCACGGUCCCUUCGACGCGACCUACGAGCACCUCUGCGCCGCGCACGCGCGCAUCCCACGGAAGCUCGUCGCCAUGUUUGUCCGCCUCUGCCCCACGUGCCUCGGUGCUCAGUCUGGGAACGACAAUCUCGUCGACCUUGCGGUUGCGGAAGCAACCAUGGAAAACGACGCGAAGCGUGCGCACGACGGCUCGCUCACCGCUAUUCGCAAGCUCGUGCGCACCGCAUCCGAAGUCUCCGUCAGCAUCGUCUACGGGAAGGAGAACGCGGCGCCGGAGCCCGUUGAUCACGAGCUGGACACGGAUGCCGAAACGCUCGCCUACUCGGAAAGUGUCACUUCGAUCCUCUCGCCGAUCUCUGCGUCGCCCUGUCCGCCGCCUAUGCGCGCGCCUGCACAUUCUGCUCCUGCACGUUACUCGGCGAGGGGCAGCGCGCUCCCUCCGAUGAAGCGCCAGGCAUCCCUAUAUGCGGGAUUGCCCAACGGCUGGCAGUUCAAGUUUGACGACUACGGCAAGGCGCGCAAGCACUUCGUCGAAGACAGGGCGAAGGGCGGGAGGAGCAUCAUGGCGUUGGAUACAGUGGUUAGCGAGGGAGAUGAGGGCGGGCAGAUGCCUGUGGAGGGGCUUCCUUGAGAAGGGGCGGUUAGGUGUUCGUGCUUCCCGAGCGUGAGCGUAUUUCGUGCUUCCUGAGCGCGAGCAUAGAUUUGUGCAUAUACCCCGAUGCAGCGAUACCCAACUUGUAGAUUGAGAGCAAUGAUGGCAUUGUCGAGUGUUCUCCUUUGUGUAGGCGUUGGCUGCCUUCUUUGGGUGGGCGCUGAUUGCAUCUUCCUGUGGGCGCAGAUCGUAUCCUCGAGGGAGGCGUCGCUUGUUCUUCGAGCAGGUGCUGCUUAUGUCAUAAGCAGGCGCUGCUUUAAAGCAGUCGCAGGACGGAUAAUUCGUUGCAUACCAGUCGAGAAGUACUAGUACAGUACGCAUUGAUAUAACCACGGAGCGCUGCG